AUGAAUAUUAAUAAAGAAACUUUAUAUUACUGUUUAAUUGCAUCUUUAAUUUUCUUUGCGGCAGGACUAAUUUUAAUUACUUAUUUCAGCUUUCCGUUUUUUUCACAUGUCUCCUCUUCUACUUCUACAGCGAAAACCAUUGCUCCUCAUUCUAUUAUUUCUACUUUCCAAACACAUAAAGUUACAAAUACUAAUCCUAGCAAAACUCAACUCCCCACUUCUGAGAAUAUUACCUUGGCAGUCUCUACUUAUUUUACCUUUGUAUCUCUCUCUACACCUUUUAUCACAACAAAAAUCACCACAUCUUAUUUUACGAAACUUUCUUCUAUCCUUUGCAUUUCUACUCCCAAUAUAGAACCCCCUCCUCCAGCUAAUAAUCCAGCCAAUCCUCCAGCCAAUCCUCCAGCUAAUAAUCCAGCCAAUCCUCCAGCUAAUAAUCCAGCUAAUCCUCCAGCGGCUGAUCCAGCUAAUCCUCCAGCGGCUGCCCCAGCAGCUACCAAUGUCCACCCUCAAUCUAUUACUCUCCCAGCGGCUACCGCUGCACCCCCAGCUAGCAUUAGUCUCCCAACUACUCCUUCACUUACUCCCCCAACCCCUUUACCUUCCACAGCUCCUUCUCCAACCUCCGAAUCUACUGCUGGGGCAGGAAUUAACACAAUAGCAACAGGGGAUAAUCUUAACAUGACACUUAACAUUUUACAUUUCAGUUAUGUCAUCGACGUUAACACGUUUAAAAAGUUGGGUUUGAUUCGGUUUGAGCCGAGCUUCAAUGCCAAUAUUCCCUUAAUAAAUAAAGAUUGGCUUGCGUACCUAAUACUCAUAAUGUCUGACUUAAAGAGUGAACAAAACGAAGAUAACUCCUUUAAUUUUAAUGGUUCGAACGGCCAAGAGUUUCUCAAUAAACCUGAACCUUCUGAGGUAGGUUCAAAUCCAGAAGAACCUCAACAAUCAAGCGGGGGUCCUAUAAGGAGAAAAAAUAAUGCAAAAUCUCCUAUGGACGAGUUUUUUGAACGAACAAAAGAAUCUCAAACUUGUAAAAUAUGUAAAAAAAUGUAUGCUGGAAUUGGUGAAACCUCCACUGGUACUUUAAAAACUCACCUACGAAGGAAUCAUCAAUCCGAAUUUGAACGAGGCGCUCAACAGACUGACUUUGAACGAAAAACCCGAACAACUUUAAAUUUUCGAAGAGUAACUCCGUUUCAAAACCGUCGUGAAAGAUUACAUCAUGAUCUAGAAAAUAUUAAGAGUAGGAUAUCUUUGACUGGUGACUUGUGGACUUUGGAUAACAAUCAGUGCGCAUUUUUUGGUGUCACUCUUCAUUACAUUGAUGAUGACUGGAUAUUUAAACGUUUCUUAUUAGAUAUAAUUCCAUUCCGUGACUCUCAUUCCGGUGCAAAUAUUGUUCAAUCUUUAUCCAGUUUAUUAACUGAAUUGGAUCUUUCCUCAAAAAUACUAGCAUUGACAACAAACAAUGCUCUGCCCACCAUUGUUUUUGGUCAUGAAAUGGAAUUGGAAAUGAAUAAAGGGUUCAAUAAUCUAGGUUUUUCGCACUAUCGUUGUGGUUCCCACGUUCUUAAUAUUGCUGUACAGUAUGGACUUCAAGUUCACAAUAAUUCAAUUGAAAAAGUUCGAAAAUUUAUAAACAAAGUCAGGAGCUCUAAUCUAUUGAUGGAGGAUUUACGUCGUAUAUUCGAAGAUCAGAGCAUACCGUUUACUAUUCCACAAACUGAUGUAGAAUCUCAAUGGAGAUCAACGUACUUGAUGAUUGAAAAGGUGAAACAAAUCCAAAUACAAGUGAACCUACUUGUCUUACAACAUCAGGAUGAAUUUAUCGAUUCAUACCCUGAUGAAGAUGACUGGUUAAAUAUAAAUGAAUUGCUUACUGUCCUAUCCCCAUUUUAUUCUGCUACUUUAACGCUUUCUUCAUCUGUAUAUCCAACAACGGGCGAUUUUCAACUUACUUUAUGGAUUUUGAGACAACAUUUACAGCAUGAAAUAUCAGUAAAUGCUACUCGGUAUAUUGUGGCUGAUUCUAUACUUCGUACCUUGGACGAAUAUUGGUCAAUUAUCGAUGAGACUUCAAAAAUUGCAUCUGUGUUGGAUCCGCGCACAAAAUGCUCAAUUUUUCAACAAGGAUCAGAAACUGAUAACGUUAUAAAUUCUAUUCGGGCUAGGAUGGCUUCUUACACACCACCUUUAGAUAUUCCUGAAAAUUCCAAUUCUAUCAUUACAUCCACAUCAGAUCCAACACUCUUAUCAUCAUAUCAUUCUCCAACGACGUUUAAUAGACUUGAUGCUCGUGCACAUCUUCGAUCUCUUACAAAUCAAUUCCUUCCGACUACGCAACCUAUCACAAGCAACGAAUUAGAACAAUAUCUUUCUUUACCCAAUGGAGAGGACUGUGAACCCUUGUUAUGGUGGAAAGCCCACAAAAAGAAGUUUCCUCUGAAUCUAGAGAUUGCCCGACCACUUUUGUGUUUACAUAGUUGGAUAGUUGAAAAGAUUGGAGAAAACGGGGGUACGGAUGAUCAAGCAGGUAGUGAUGAUGAUAGCAAUUUAAAAGUGGAAGUGAAAACAGAUAACAGUGAAAAAUGA